GCGCAGAGCUACUCGCCACUACCGCUCCGGUCUGCAGCGGCUGGAACCUUGCAGUUGAGCAGCCAGGAGGAGCUGUCACCUCGUUCGCCCAGGACCCCACGGUCCAUCCCAUCUCAGGGGGGUGCGCGACUGGCAUGUUCGUCAUGGGGCUCCCCAAUGCAUGGGUCUUCAUCACCACGUAUGGAUGAGGAGCAGGACGGUUUUGAUCUGAGUCGUGUUGCUGUGCCAAUCGGCAUAGCUGUGCCGCUGCUGCUCUACGUUGCUUUGUGGCUGGUCUAUUUCAACAGUCAUAAUCCGGCCGUAGAGCCCACGCUCCUGCGUGUGCUUCUAUGCUGCACGGCUCUGAUUGCAGCCGUGCCCAUCUUCAUUUGCGCUGCUAAGGCAAUUAUGGGCUCUAGAGUUGCCAAUGGAUUGAAGGCUCUGAGUGAUUUGGUGCUCAAAAUGGAGUCGCGCGUGGAUUCUGUGUAUGUGGAUAUCCACGAAGGGAUCAUUUGCAUUGAUGGCCUUGAACUGAAGAACCCCCAGAAUCGGGAGUGGCGCUCACCAUAUCUGCUGACUGCAAAGCGGGUCCGAUGUCAUGUCCUCUUCCGCGAAUUCGCCAAGUCCAAAUUCCGACACCUCACGGUACAGGAGCUAAACAUCUCAGGUGUAGAGCUGAUGUACGAGAAGACUUUCGACUCCUCGAACGUCAACGAUGUCCUCAACAAGAUUUCCGAGGUCAAGGAUAAUCUCAAGCCUCGUGAGAAUCAGCCACCCCAACUGACCUUCCGGCGCGUUAUCGUUGAGGACAUUGCUGUGCGGCUGCAAGGGCUCAUGGCGGCGAUGGCCAACAUCGCUGCGGCUGAUUUGAGGUACGAGGAUUUCUCUGAAGAGGUGGGACCUGUUGGGCCUGAAUUUCUUAUCGUACUUCUGUUGAAGACACUUCUCAAGUCGGCCGUGAGUAACGUCCUGGGCCUGAACGCUUUUCGAAGCUUGGUGGGUUAUAGCUCUGAAGAUCAGAUCUGA